AUGGCACCGAAACAGAAAGUUGUCGGCGCCGACACCGGAGAUUCAACGGUAGCGAAGGAGAUUCGUUACAAAGGUGUGAGGAAGAGACCUUGGGGUAGAUAUGCGACGGAGAUUAGAGAUCUAAGUAAGAAGAGUCGAGUUUGGUUAGGUACUUUUGAUAUGGCGGAAGAAGCGGCUACAACUUAUGAUAUCGCCGCUAGAAAAUUUAGAGAUGAUGUUGAUCCAAUGGUGUCUGUAAUGAAAAUUGAGAAGGCUCCUUUAGAAAGUUAUGCAGAUAUAUGUGGGUUAGAUCCACAAAUACAAGAAAUUAAGGAAGAACGUCGAAUGAAGGUCACACUUGCAGAUUUCAAGAAGCAUAAGAAGGUUAUGUUCAAGAAGAAAUAA